CGAGAUCCAAGUUUCUACAAUACAGCGGUAUCCUAACUAUUUGAGCGAUCUAAAACUUGAAAAUCCAAUGAAGCGCAUCUUGGUAGUGGCUGGUUCAGACAGCUCCGGCGGAGCGUGAGUACAUCCAAGAGAGAUAAUUCUGAUAUUGGCAUGAGUCUAAGCAAUAAUUUUGUGUAGCGGACUGGAAGCGGACCAGAAAGUGAUCGCAGCUCAUGGCUGUUAUGCAAUGACAGCCACGACUGCAUUGACAGCGCAAAAUACGCUAGGAGUCCGCGACAUCCAUGAAGUACCCCCUGAAUUCGUUCGCAAACAAAUUGAUGCUUGCAUUGAAGAUAUUGGCAUUGAUGUGCUCAAGACUGGUAUGCUGGCCUCAGCCGAAAUGAUUGGUACCUUGGCAGAAGCAAUUGCACGACAUUCUGUAGCGACGACUGUCAUAGAUCCGGUGAUGGUUUCGACGAGCGGUGCCCAGCUACUACCAGAAACAGCAAUCGAGGUCCUGAUAAAAGAACUAUUGCCUCUGGCCACUCUUUUGACACCAAAUGUACCUGAAGCAAACUUGUUACUGCGCGAGGCAGGUCAAUCGCCAAUCGAUGUACAAAAUCUAGACGACCUCAAAAACCUGGCCGCAUCAGUUCAUAAGCUCGGACCGAAAUAUGUUUUGCUCAAGGGAGGACAUUGUCCAUUGAACACAGAUUACAUGCUCGCAACCGAUGAUAGCUCGAAGCAAUUAGUUGCGAACGUCCUCGUUGGGACAGAAGUCCUCGACGUCCUCGAGUUACCGUACCAGAAAUCAAACAAUACUCAUGGGACUGGUUGUUCGCUUGCCUCGGCCAUUGCGUGCAAUCUUGCGCUGGGUGUCGAGUUAUCUCAAGCAGUUGUAGCUGCCUCUCGAUACGUCAGUGCCGGCAUCAGAACGAGUAUAGGCCUGGGGCAUGGCUCUGGGCCCAUUAAUCACUUUCAUUCGGUCCAAAUCUUGCCGUUCGUCCCCGGUACCUUCAUAGAACAUGUCCUCGCGCGAGCCGAUGUGCAAGCAGUUUGGCACGACUUUACGCAUCACGAAUUUGUGGCAAGGCUCGGCGAUGGGUCACUGCCCUUGGAAACUUACAAAUACUACAUGAUCCAGGACUAUCUGUAUCUGAUCCAUUUCGCCCGCGCCAAUGCUCUCGCCGGAUACAAAGUGAAAAAGCCAGACGACAUUGCAGCGGCUGCUGCGAUGGUUGGUCAUAUACGUCAUGAGAUGAAUCUGCAUCUGGAAGAGUGCAAAGAACUUGGUCUCACAGAGAAAAUGAUUGUGGAACACGAAGAGUCUCAAGCCUGUACCGCCUACAGCCGAUACGUGCUUGAUGUUGGACAGUCGGAAGACUGGUUGGCCCUUCAGAUCGCUCUCCUGCCUUGCCUGCUAGGCUACAGCGUGAUCGCAAAGCGCCUGAAGACUCUCCAGAUAGACCAACCCGCAUCGACACCAAAUCGUUACUUGAAAUGGAUAGACAACUACGUAGCUGAGGACUACUCGGAAGCCGUGAGAUCGGGCUGUGCGAUCAUUGAGAAGCACGCUGCUCAUCAAUCGCCGACUCGCAUCAGCGAGCUUGUCCAAAUCUUUGUGCAUGCAACCAAGAUGGAGACAGGAUUCUGGGACAUGGCGGGAAGCGUUCGGGCGUGAUCGAGCCUUGAAACACUCGAUAAAAUAUGCACUGAUGUUCGCAUUUAAAAACAAUUGAUAUCCCCUGAGAGCAGUUCAAACCAGAAAAUACUCCCAAACGCCCCGCGAUGCUGUGCAAGUCUUGCAGUCUUUAAACUCCAUGAUGCAUUACAUGAGUGUGCAGCAGCUAUUCUGCUUCUUAGCUUGCGUAUAAAACAUCUUGCUCUGAGCACUGAGUCCAUCGGAUUUGGCGACCAGGCUGUCAAUCUUUUCACCCCGC